UCCUUCUCCUGGCCCACCCCAGGGAUGACCCAGGCAAUUCCUUCUCCUCACCCACCCCAGGGGUGAUCCAUGAAAUUCCUUCUCCGGGUCCUUCCCGGGUUUAUUCCAGACAAUUCCUUCUCCUCGCCCACCCCAGGGGUAAUCCGUGAAAUUCCUUCUCCUGGUGCUUCCCGGGUUUAUUCCAUGAAAUUCCUUCUCCUGGUCCUUCCCGGGUUUAUCCCAGGCAAUUUCCCCCCCAGGCCCUCCCCGGGGACACCCCGCGGUUUAACCCGCCCCGUUCCACCCUUUGCACCCAAACCGGGCCCAUUUCGGGUUCCCCUGCCCGUGACGUCACGCCCCCGCCGUGUGACGUCACGCCCCCUUUCCCGCGUGACGUCACCGCGGCGCGCGGCCCCGGCGGUGAGCGGGGCCGGAAGGGGCGGGGCCAAAAGCGGCGGCACUUCCGGGAGCGGCGCGGGGCGGCGGGGGAAGAUGAGCUGGAUCCCGUUCAAGAUCGGGCAGCCCAAGAAACAGAUUGUACCCAAGACAGUGGAGAGAGACUUUGAAAGGGAAUAUGGGAAGCUGCAGCAAUUGGAAGAUCAGACCAAAAAACUUCAGAAGGAUAUGAAGAAAAGCACAGAUGCAGAUUUGGUUUCUGCCACUGAAAAAACCCAGGAGUCGUUGUCCCAGGUCUCAGGAGCAGCUCCAGCUGAUCCUAUUGCGCCAGCAGUGCUUUUUCACCUCCUUCAGUCCUCCUUUCACCUCCUUCACGUCCCUCUCUGGAGCCCCAGGAAGAUCCAGGCUCUUCCCGUGCUCUCCCACCUUCCCAGCACGGGGAGAGGGGUGGGAAAAGACACCCAGGACACUUUUCCAGGGUGAAAACUGCCCUUUCUGAGGACUCUGGUCAUUGUCAGGGAUCCUUGGUAAGUUUUUCCUCGUUAAGGAUUCCCCUCCCCUCCCUUGCAGUGGGCGUUGUUUAUAUGGAGCAUUUCAAGUCCCAGAGGAGCUGUGGGAGGACUUUCUUUUUCCGUUCUGUUACAUGGCAGAGUCACAAAUGAGCCUUGGCCAGAGCCAGGACGAUCUGAUUUCUCAUUUAAAAGCCUGAAAUGGUGAGUGGAGGGAGAGGUACUGCCCACAGCCUGCUGAGGGAGGGCUGGAGGAGAAGGAGGUGGAUCAGAUCAAUCCCUGAGCAGGGCUCUCCUCACCUGGCAGCCCCCAAAUCUGGCGAGGAUGGCCAGAUUUGCCCUCCUGUCCCGUUCCUCCAGGCUCAGGGGUUUGUUGGUUCUUCACUGCCUGAAAACACUCCCUGGCAAGGUGGGACUGGUGGCUUGAGUCUCCACCUUCUUCCCAAAAAACUCAGCUCAGAACAAGAGCAAUUCCUGUGCACAGAAAUAUCCCAGUGAGGCUCUUCACUGCCCUACCAGCAGCACUCCCUGUCCCACAACUGGACACCACUCACCUCCUUCCCCACCCUCUUUCCAAACAAAAGAGGAUCUUGAGAAGCAGGAGGAUGUUCUUUAACUGGAGGUAAAAGCUCUCCUUUGGAAUAAUUAACUGGAGCUACAUCUCACAUGUUUAAUGAGCAAAACAGCAGUGCAGACCCUCCUGAAGGCCACCCUGAGGGACAGGAGUUCUUUUCUCCUUCUCCUUCUCCUUCUCCUUCUCCUUCUCCUUCUCCUUCUCCUUCUCCUUCUCCUUCUCCUUCUCC